AUGGAAAAGAAACUUCAAGCAAAAGAUGAAGUCAUUGAAUCCAAAGACAAAAGCAUACAGAAAAGAAUACCACGUUCGGUACCAAAAGGAAAGGAAAAGAGUUAUAAGUAUAUGAUAUAUACUGAAGAGUUGGAGAAAGAAGAAGAUAGAGAUAUGGUUAUGUUGCAUUUAGUCAGAAGAAACAACAAAAGCUUUUAUGACCUUGCUAAGAUUUACAAAUCUGACAGAAACUGGUUCUAUCGUGAAAACUUACCGAUUUCAAUGACACCGAAUGAGCAAAUAAAGGAAAUUGUCAAAAAUACUCUUCCUCAAACACACUAUGACAUCAAAGGUUGCACAAUACUUACAUUCAAAGAAGACUUAACAUUACUGAAGGAAAAAAUAACAGAAUAUUUCGAUAACUUCAAAGAGGAAGAAUAA